ACCAUUGUCUUCCUCCUUUCCUCUCUACUAUAUACUAUACUAUUCUCUCUUGUUGUGAAGUGUGCCUAACAUUCUUGAAAAAAAAAGUAUAACAACAUUCUCAAAAUCUCAACAAUUGUUUAAUCUUUUUGGUAAAAAAAGGGAGAAGACAGAGAAAUUAACAGCCCCUUUUUCAUGUUGGCACUACUCUCCAACUUUGUCUCCACCCCUUUUGAUAUCUCUGUAUAAUAUGAAAAAAAAACCAUAGAUACAGUGACCCUUCAAUUUCCAACCCCUUGAUCUUGAUUCUUGAUUCUUGAAUCUUGAUUAGGAAUUAGGAGCAAUGAAGAAUAGACAUACUAUUAAAGUUUCUGUAAAAUGGAUACCUAUUUUCUCAAUUGCUUUCUUCUUUAUUGGGAUGUUGUUCUCUAACAGAUGGUGGUCACCAACUGAAUCUGGGAGUCAGCUUAUAGCUCAGCAUAGAAGGGACCAAGAACUUCAAGUUGUUUCUGAGGAUUGUAAUUCGAAAAAGAAGAAACAAGGACAAGAUAAGGAUGUAAUGCAAGAGGUGUACAAAACCCAUGAAGCAAUUCAAUCAUUGGACAAGUCAAUUGCUACGCUUCAGAUGGAAUUGGCAGCCACUAGGAGCACACAGGAAAUGAAGGUGGCUGAUCAGUCUUCCAAUUCUUCUCAUCCCCAAAAUGGCCCUCCAAGGAAGAAAGUUUUUGUGGUAAUUGGAAUUAAUACUGCUUUUAGCAGUAGGAAGAGGCGAGACUCAGUUAGAGAAACUUGGAUGCCUCAAGGGGACAAGCUUCUCAGAUUGGAGAAAGAGAAGGGUAUUGUAGUCCGCUUCAUGAUUGGUCACAGUGCAACAUCUAACAGCAUACUGGAUCGUGCUAUUGAUUCUGAAGAAGCCCAACAUGAAGACUUCCUCAGGCUGGAGCAUGUUGAAGGAUAUCACGAGCUCUCUGCUAAAACUAAGAUUUUCUUUUCUACUGCUGUUGCAAAAUGGGAUGCCGACUUCUACGUCAAGGUUGAUGAUGACGUCCACGUCAAUUUGGGCAUGCUAGCUGCAACUCUAGCUCGUCAUCGAUCGAAGCCCAGAAUUUACAUUGGGUGUAUGAAAUCUGGACCUGUUCUUGCUCAAAAGACUGUAAAGUACCACGAGCCAGAAUACUGGAAAUUUGGAGAAGAAGGAAACAAAUACUUCCGACAUGCAACUGGUCAGAUCUAUGCUAUCUCCAAGGACUUGGCCACGUACAUAUCAAUCAAUCAGCCUAUAUUGCACAAGUAUGCCAAUGAAGACGUGUCAUUAGGGGCUUGGUUUAUCGGUCUUGAAGUUGAGCACAUUGAUGAACGCACCAUGUGCUGUGGAACUCCACCAGAUUGUGACUGGAAAGCUGAGGCAGGGAAUGUAUGUGUCGCCUCGUUUGACUGGAGCUGCAGUGGAAUUUGUAAAUCAGUAGAGAAGCUAAAAUAUGUCCACGAGAAGUGUGGUGAAGGGGAAGAAGCUCUUUGGAAUGCUCUCUUCUGAUUUGCUUGAGAAAUAAGAGAGUUGAGGAUUCCUGGUGAGACAUGGCUGUCGGACGAUUUCCAUCUGGCUGGCUGUUUUCGAUUGCCAAAAUUUUCCAAUCAGAACUUUUAGUCCAGCAGUUUGCUGUAAAGAGCAUGUUUGUUGUAGAUUAUGUCUCUGUCUAGAUAUACUGAUAUAGAUAUAUGGAUUUUGAAAGACAGUGGCUAUAAUUUUGCUAAUUCUUUUCAGCAUAUCAGGAGAAGAGGACCUUUUAGAUGUGUACUCACAUUCUUUGUGGUGGAGAUAAUGUAAUUUUGGUGGUGGUGAGGUUUAA